CCACGUACGCUCUGACGUACACGUCGCAGCUGUGAUGGCUCGGUGGUCGAGGUGGCAGUUGUCGACGUGCAGCCCAACCUAAAUAAAGUUUAAUUUCUAAAGAAGAGGACAUCGAAAUGGCGUGACAUCCAACGGUUACUUUACAGUUGAUCAAUUACAUUAGUCUAUUUCGGAGUUAUGGGUCUGCGUACUGUGUGGCAACGAAUUUGCUGAGGUAACCUCAAAGCUGGAAUAUUAUACGGAGCAAAAUAUUAAGCUAGCCACUCUACUAGCAAGUCAAGUAACCACCGGUGCCUUCAAGGAUUUCUUGAUGUGAAAACUGAGCCCAAAAUAGCUGCCCUGUGUCGAACCGGGGGUACAGUUGCCUGCGUCUUGCAAGACAUGUACAGAUGAUAACAAGCCAUUUUUCUGUGGCAAGGAAAUAAGAAGCCCGACGACGGGGCAAUCACCAAGUUAGCAGAAAGUAGCAGGCUAAGCUGGUUAGCCAUAUCUACUACUUCGCACACAUCCUCUGUCUGUCAUUGUUUUGACUGAGGAGCGACCAUGUCUUCCUGGCUUGGUGGAUUGGGCUCGGGGCUUGGCCAGUCCCUCGGGCAGGUUGGAGGAAGCCUUUCGUCAAUUACCGGACAAAUAUCCAAUUUUACCAAAGACAUCCUGUUGGAAGGUGCGGAAGAAGUUGGAGAUGCAGCCACAGAAUUGCAAGUGUCCAAAGCAAAUAUGGAAGAACUGGAAGCUGCCCUUGCCACACAGAAAUAUGAGUAUGAGCGUCUUCGAAAGAUCCACGCAGAACUGGAGGAGAAGUUUGAAGCGUCUGAGAUACAGAACAAGCAGCUGUCCUCAGAAUACAGGAGCAUCCUGCAACAAAAAGAGGUUGAGAUCAGCCACCUUAAGGCCCGGCAGGGUGCCCUGCAGGAGGAGGUGCAGAAGAUGCAGCACUCGGCCCCCACCUCCUCCUCUUGCCUCUCCUCCGCGGAGCCCGCCCUGCUCGCAGUCACCACCUCUGCCGCGGGCAUCACCACCACCGCCUCCUCUUCCUCCUCAUCCUCCUCGCCCUUCAUGUCUCAACAUCAUCACCACCAUGGCACCCAUCACCAGGGCUUCCACGGCGGAGAUGAGAUGGACCUGAGUGACGUGCUCUGGUCCCAGCAGGAGAUCAACCGGCUGUCCAAUGAGCUGCAUCGGCUGGAGGCAGAGACCGCCCACUGGAGGCGAUUGGCUCAGGCCUCCAAAACAUCUGGAGGAGAAAUCGGUGAUCAGGGAGAAAUCCUGAAACUCCAGAGAACCAUUAAGGAGCUGAGGGAGUCAUUGGGCCACGAGGGGGAGCAGCAUCAGCACGAGCUGGCGGCUCUGCAGAACGUUCAGCGGCAGAAGCUGGCCGAGGUGACGCGGCGCCACCGCCAGGAGCUGGCCGAGUAUGAAGAGCGCAUCGAGGAGCUGGAGGAACAGCUGCAGAACAGCAGCCUGAGCCCAGAGUCCCAGAGCCCCCCAGCGUCCCCCAGCCAGGCCCAGGCCCCUGGCCAGCAGCAGCAGCAGCAGCAGCAGGAUGCAGCCAGGCUGCGGGAGCUGACGGCCAGCCUGGAGGAGGCGGGGCGGCAGCGGGCGGCCCUGGAACAGGAGCGGGAGGAGGCGCGGGCGGAGAACGCGGAGCUGAUGCAGAACUACAGCCGUCUGCAGAGCUGCGUGGCGGAGCUGCAGGCCCGCGUCCAGGAGCAGGAGGGCAAGGCCAUGUUCAAGGCCCAGCAGGACGCAGAGAUACAGACGCUCAAGAAGACACUCAGCGGGGCAGAGAAAGAGAUCAGCAGGUUAAAAGGUCUCCUUGAGAGUGAGCCCAAGGCUGAAGUGGAACAUGCAGACAUCUUAGAACUCAACACUAUAAUUGGAACACUGAAAGCGGAGAAGGAGGAACUGGAGAAGGAAAAGCAUGAGCUGGCAUCGCGGCUGGAGGCUACAGAGGAGAAGGCAGCGGAGGCUGUGGUGGCAGCUACAGCAGUAGAUGGUGAGCCUGGAAGAGGAGUGGAGCAGCAGGGUGGGGUGGAGGAGGAGCUGAGGGCCCAGCUGCAGAAGAAGGAGCAGGCUCUGACUCAGGCCCAGCUGGAUCAGGACACACUCACUGCAGAGCUGGAGGAACUGGACCGGCAGAACCAGGAGGCCACACAGCAUUUGAUCACCCUGAAGGACCAGCUCUCCCGCCAAAGACUGGAAGCCGACGACGACCUGAGCAGCCUGCAGUCGGAGCUGGACGCCAGCCGCGACCAGAAGGGGGCGCUGCAGCAGGAGCUGGAGGCCAUGAAGGAGAAGCUCAGCCAAAGUGCCUUCACCCUCAACGACCUUCACAUGGGCAAGCAGCAGCUGGAGACCACGGUGAAGGAGCUGAGGGACAAGCUGAGCAAGUCGGCCGAGCAGGCCAAAGAGGUGCGCCAGGAGGCCAAGGAGCUGCGGGACACGCUGAAGGAACGCGAGGGCGAGCUGGAGAGCCUCCAGCAGCAUCUGGGCGAAGCCGGGGAGAGGGAGAGCGAGUCGGAGGGCCACAGGAAGGAGCUGGAGAGGAAGCAGACGGAGCUGGAGGAAGUGAGGAAGGAGCUGUCGGAGACGAGGAGCUCGCAGGAGCAGGUGCAGUCCGAACACUACGAGAUGAAGAUGGAGAACCGGCGGCUGAAGGAGGACGGAGCCAAGAUGCAGAGCAGAGUGGAGGAGCUCAGCAAGCAGGUGGUGGGUGAUCAGGCGUCCCUGAGCAGGACGGUGCUGGAGAAGGACACCCGUAUCGAGGCCCUGAAGCUGGAGAAGAGCCAGCUGGAGGGGGAGCUGUCCCAGGCCGAGAAGCGCCUGGCCGACCAGACCAAGCAGUACCAGCAGACCAUCGAGGAGCUGAGCCGGGCACGCUCCAUGGACGCCUCGGCCCUGCAGACCGAACACGAGAGAGCGGUGAGGCUGAACCAGGAGAAGGACCUGGAGAUCGGGCAGCUGAGGAGGGACCUGGAGCAGCUGGCCUCGGACCACAAGGACACCAACGAGAUGCUCUCCAUCACCGUGGCCGGCCAGAAGCAGCUCACCGAGCUCCUGCAGGAGAAGGACGCCUUCGCAGAGACGCUCAAGGCCAAGACGGCCGAGGCCCAGAAGCAGACAGAGGACAUGGAGGCCGCGGUGGCCAACACCAAUCUGGAGUCCGAGACGUUGAAGCGCUCCAUGGAGGACAAGGACAAGCAGCUGGGGACCAUGAAGGAGGAGAACAGCCACCUGAAGGAGGAGAUCGACCGGCUUCGGGACCAGCAGAGCCGGCCACAGCCCAUGUCAGAGCCGCGCACGCUGGACAUCAUCACGGAGCUGGAGACCGAGGUCACGCAGCUGAAGGCGGCCCGCGACCGACUGGAGGAGGAGACCAGGGCUCUCCGGGCCACCGCCGACGAGCAGCGGCAGCAGUCCCAGCAUGCCUUGCAGGUCCAGCAGAGCGAGCAGGAGCAGGCGCGCUCGCGGCAUGAGCAGAGCACGCUGAACUACGAGCGGCUCAUCGCGGCCAAGGACGAGGAGAUCGCCCGUCUGCAGGAGGCCGCGCAGACAGAGUCCCAGACGCCGCCGAGUACGGAGAUCCUACAGCAGCAGGAGGAGGAGGACGACGACAAGAACCAGUCACUAGGGCGUCAAGAGAACGGCAACGAGAAGCACGACCUCUCCAAGGUGGAGAUUGAGAAGCUGGUGAGCGGCAUCAAGGAGAAGGAGAACGAGAUCAUCCAGCUGAACGAGAGGAACCUCUCCCUCACCAAGCAGCUGGACCAGCUGGUGGUGUCCCGCGACGAGGUGGGCAAGCUCUCCCAGAUGGUCCGCCAGAAGGACCUAGAGAUCCAGGCUCUCCAUGCCCGCGUCACCAUGGGAGGAGGAGGAGGAGCUGGUGGUGUCGGAGCAGGGGGCCACAGCCAAGACGUGCUGUUCCUCCAGCAGCAGCUGCAGGCCUAUGCUGUGGAGAGGGAACAGGUGCUGUCGGUGCUGAACGAGAAGACGCGCGAGAACAGCCAGCUGCGCUCCGACUACCACCACCUGAUGGACGUGGUGGCGGGCCGCGAGCAGGCCCUCCUCAAGCUCCAGCAGGAGAACCAGCGGCUCUCCUGCCAGGCCGACCCCUCCGGCAGCCAGGAGAUGUUCCGCGAGACCAUCCAGAACCUCUCCCGCAUCAUCCGCGAGAAGGACAUUGAGAUCGACGCGCUGACCCAGAAGUGCCAGACGCUGGUGACCGUGUUGCAGGCCUCGGCGGCGGCGGACGCAGGCGGAGGGGGAGGGGGCGGAGGAUCGGGAGUUAGUAGCAACCAGUUUGAGGAGCUGCUGCAGGAGAGAGACACGCUGAAGCAGCAGGUCAAGAAGAUGGAGGAGUGGAAGCAGCAGGUGAUCACCACGGUGCGGAACAUGCAGCACGAGUCGGCGGCGCUGCACGAGGAGCUGCUGACGCUGCAGGGCCAGGUGAGCACGGACAGUGCCAGCAGCACGCGCCUCUCCAGCGACUACGCCCGCCUCAUCCACAGCUACGAGCAGAAGGAGAAGCGCCUGGACUCCCUGGGCCACCAGCUGGUGCAGGUGCAGCAGAGCAUCAGCCAGCUCAGCAGCACCAAGGACGUGUUGCUAGGGAAGUUGGACAGUGUAGCGCAGAGCCCUGAAGGUGUGAUCACGUCCUCAUCAACAACAACAACAACAAUGGCUUCCCCUCCUCCAGCAGUUGUAGUGGAGUCGACUCAACGAAGCGCUUCAGCAGUAGCGGUGACGGAUGAAACGGUGAGGCAGGAACUGGAGUCGUUACGGCAGCAGUUGGCGGAGCGCGACCUGGCCGUGCGUACGCUACAAGAGAACAACGGGCGUCUGUCGAACGCGGCGGCGGCAUCUGAGGGCGAGCAGCGGGGCAGGGCGGAGGAGACGCGGCUGUUGCGCGAGCGUCUGGACGCAGUGCAGCGAUCGCUCCGGGAGAAGGACCUGCUCAUCCAGUCCAAAGGGGAGCAGCUGAGCCAGGCGGUGGACACGCUCCGGAACCGGGAGAGCGACAACGAGCUGCUGCGACAGGCCGUCACCAACCUGAAGGAGCGGGCGCUCAUCCUGGAGAUGGACGCCCGCAAGCUGCGGGAGGAGAAUGAUCAGGUGGCGUCUCGCUCCCGGGAGAAGGAGUCUGAGUUCCGGGCGCUGCAGGAGACCAACAUGCAGGUGUCACUGCUGCUGAGGGAGAGGGAGUUCCAGUGCAACGCGGCCACCGAGAAGGCCACCGCCAUGGAGAAGAUGCUCAAGGACCGAGAACAGGGUAAGUCGGGUGAGCUGAACCAGUUGCUGAACGAGGUGAGGUCGAUGCAGGAGAAGGCCAUCCUGUUCCAGCAGGAGAGGGACCAGGUGAUGCUGGCCCUCAAGCAGAAGCAGAUGGAGACCACGGCCGUCCACAGCGAGAUGCAGCACCUGCGUGACAAGGAGGCGCGUCAGCAGCAGGAGCUGGAGCGUCUGCGUAACCACCUGCUGGAGAUGGAGGAGUCGUACACGCGCGAGGUGGUGGCCGCCGAGGACCGCGAGGCAGAGCUGCGACGCCGGGUGGCCCUGCUGGACGAGCGGCUGGCCACCUCCUCCAACGCCGCGGAGAACGUCAGUCAGCAGGCUACUCUGCAGGUGGAGUCUCUGCAGGAGCAGCUGAACGGGGUGAUUAAGCAGAGAGACGAGGCCCUGCUUCAGCUGCGCACCGCCCAGGAGCAGGUCAACCAGUACGCCAUGUCCCUCGCCAACCUGCAGAUGGUGCUAGAGCAGUUCCAGCAAGAGGAGAAGGCCAUGUACUCAGCAGAGCUGGACAAGCACAAGAAGGAGAAGGACGAGUGGAGGAGGAAAGCAGAGCGCCUAGCAGACGAGGCCGCAGCUCUGAAGCUGAACCUUGACGAGGCCAACGCUGCGCUGGACUCCGCCUCCAGACUGACUGACCAGUUGGACCUGAAGGAAGAGCAGAUUGAGGAACUCCAAAAACAAGUUGGUCUGAGGCAAGAGAUGCUUGAAGAUUCCCAAAACAAGCUAAUGAACUUGCUCAACAGCAGUGAGGGCAAAGUGGAUAAGCUCCUCAUCCGGAACCUCUUCCUUGGCUACUUCCACACACCGCGGAACAAGCGCGCAGAGGUGCUGAGGCUCAUGGGUAGUGUUCUCGGAGUGGACCGGGAGGAAGUGGACAAUAUGCUGGAGGAUGAGGGCAGGCGGGGGGUGACUGGUUGGAUGUCCAGCUGGCUGGGUGGCCGCGCUGUGCAGAGCAUCCCCAACACGCCACAGAGACCCGGGCAGGCCACUCACUUCAACUCGUCGUUCUCUGAGAUGUUUGUGAAGUUCCUGGAAGUGGAGUCCACACCAGCGCUUCCAGCACCAAAGCUGCCUAUGUACGACAUCAAGCCCCUGAGCGCUCCCCCUCCAGGCCGGAUGUCCGCCUCCGCUCCAGCAACAGCAGCAGCACCCUCAGGUGGGGCAGGAGGAGGAGUCAGCAAGCGCCUGUCGGAAUCAAACCCCUUCCUGGCGUCCCGCUCCGCUGCGGUGCCCUUGUUGAAUCCCGGGGGUGGGGGCGGGCACCUGCUCAUGAAGCCCAUCUCCGACUCCCUACCCACGUUCACACCCGUGCCCGUCUCGGCCGAAGCCAGUGGGGGGGCCGUGCUCAAAGACCUGCUCAAGCAGUGAGUGCUGUCCAGUGGAGUCACAUGACGGCGCCCUGCCUGCAGUGCCCAUCAAAAAGCACUUUACCCAAUCAGACGACAAGCUUUUCAUCGAGACACUAUGCAGAUUGAACUACAACGCCGGGACAACUAAGUUUGUGGCUGAGCUGUGACGCUGGAAAAGGGUUCCUGAAGUCAAAUCAAUUCCACAGAUGUAAACAUCAGCGCCCAUGAGAGCCCACGGGGGUUUGGGGUCCAUCCAGCCUGUAGUCUUCCCCCUAAUGUGAGACCUGAAGGAGACUGGCCAUCAGAGGACUGGACAGUGCCAAGCUAGGCAGAGGGUAUCUGGUUUGCCAUGAUGCUUUCUAGGGUUUACAAUAACAGAAAAACGGUCUGGGGCUAUUUGAAGCAUGGAAUAUACUGCAACGUAUAAUCAGGAGAAUUCUUGUUUUUUCUUUGUUUGUUUUUUUCCCCAUUAUUAUUUAGUUAUUCUUCAUCAUGAAAUGUAUCUGGUGAGGGAUCCCACUGAAGUCGUCUGGCAAACCACAGAAAGCUUAAAGAUGACUGAUUGUUGCUGUUAAACUCAUCAAAUUUCCCCCCUUAUGCUUUAUUUUCUGUUUGUUUCUCUUCCUGACUUACAGUUGCCAGAAUGUGACAAAGUGUCAUCCGCUACCCUUGAGGGCUAAAAUAAAAUGUGGCAAAGGGACACCAGGCAUCUGUUGUGUAUUCACAAUGCGGUAUAUACAGUAUGUAUUGUAAACCUGUAAAUGGUGGAUAUUUUACAUCCUCUGGCACUGGGUUCGAAGUGCUCAAAUCACACUUUUUUGUCAUCAGAUUAAAUGAACCCUUGGGUUUGUGAAAAUUAAAACAAAGUACUUUUACAAAGUCUGCUCGCUGCACAAGGAGAACGAAUGACGUUUACAGGAUAAAGGUUAAACGUUUUUGUUCACUAAACAAAGGUAAUAAAGAAGGACUCUUACUGGA